AUGCAUUUCAAAGCUACAGCUAUUCAGUUUGCUGCCCUUUCUGCAACAGCAUUUGCCAAGGACUCUCGAACAUUCGCUGUGAACCACUUCUAUGGCCAGGGUCCGCUAACAAUGGGCCGUAUGGAUCCCAUCAUCAGUCCCGGUACUGCAUCCAGUCAUGUGCACGCGAUCCAGGGGGGGAGUAACUUCAAUUUGACUAUGGGUAACGAUGUUCUGUUGGACUCACGUUGCACCUCUUCCCUCGUGGAGGCGGACAAGAGCAAUUACUGGACUCCGACAUUAUACUUCCAAGAUCCCACAAAUGGAAGCUUCAUCUCAGUUCCCAUGUUUUACAUGAAUGUCUACUACUUUUUCGAACCGACCGAUGAUGAUAUCAAAGCCUUCCCUGUCGGCCUCCGCAUGGUCAGUGGGAACAAUAGCCUUCGAACUCCCCCACCGGGCGGAGCUGCCAAUGUCCUGGACACGAAUGAAGGCGUCAUUCAACCAGUUCAGUGGACAUGCCCACGGACUUCCUAUGAUCCUCCCUCGUAUCCUGCAGAUUCCGAUGGAUUGCAUGGUGUUGGGAUUCAAGACCCGAAUAAUGCUGGGGCUGGGGCUGGCUUCCCGCAUAUGAACUGUGACGGAUAUGCAUCCCCUCUGCGUGCUGAUAUUCACUUUCCUUCUUGUUACAACCCCGAGGCUGGCCUCGAUGACUUCAAGAGCAAUAUGGUGUUCCCGAGCAGCAAAGGAACCACAGGGGGCAAAGCGAAUUGUCCGACAGGAUGGACUCACCUCCCCCAUAUCUUGUACGAAGUUUACUGGAACACCCCUUUGUUUGUGGACAUGUGGGAGCAAGGGAAUGGCACGCAACCCUUUAUUUUGGCAAAUGGCGACCGCACUGGGUACUCUCUUCACGGGGAUUUUAUCUCUGGCUGGGAUGUGGACGUCUUGCAAAAGAUUAUUGAUAACUGUGAUGCCGGCGAUUCGGGCAUGGACAAGUGCGCCGACGCUGGCACAAUCAACGACUCUUCCGACAGCUGCAACAUCGCCAACCUGGUCCCCGAGAAGAUUUCCGGUGUUCUCGAGAAGCUGCCAGGCAACAAUCCCCCAACUGGAUGGGGUCAAGGCGAGAGCGCAUCCUCUAGUUCAUCCGAUCCAGAAAGUACCUCGACUGCCACCAGCAUACUGUCUGCAUCUCAGACCUUGUCUACCACACCUACUCAAGUCUCUACUACAGACAACAGUAUCAUCGGCUGGUCAUAUCUUGGCUGCUAUUCCGACAAUGAGUCUACUCGUGCGCUCACUGGGAUCCAAUUCGCGGAUCUGGGCAUUGGCAAUGUGACUUCAACUGGCUGUAUGGAGUAUUGCGGAAAUGCAGGCUUUAGCCUGGCAGGCACUGAGUACGCUGGACAAUGCUUCUGUGGUGACAAUAUGGAAGGCAGCUCUAAGAUCGCGGCAAACGAAUGCGAUAUGAAAUGCGAGGGUGACACCUCUCAGAUUUGCGGUGGCAGCUUGGCAUUGAGCGUGUUUGAGAAGGCUAAGAAGACUGCAUCGAAGAGAUCUCGCAUGGACUUUCUUCAACAUGUGCACGGCAAACAUGUUUGA